AUGAAGCUGCCGAUCGCCUACUCCACAACGUUCGACGCAACCUGGUUCAUACACGAUUGGAAUCUCUUUAUGGUUCGGCGGCUCAACAAUAUCCGGGCGGAUAGCGCACCUGACGACUACAUUCGGCCUCCUACUGGCAUGGAGCCCAUGGUCGUCAUGUGUAUGGGACGGUCAACAGCCCCAAUCAAGCGGCUCCUCACCGAUUGCCGACGCUUUGUCGACCGGCAGACGCAGUCCUACGUGAGAAUCUAUGUGACUGACGGAGGUCGAACUCCUAACUGGGAGGAAGAGGCUUUGCGACCCCUGCGUCACAUCGAUACCGUACACUUCAACCACGAUACCAAGGCCUCACUUGUCGAUAAUAUCGCCAAGUAUUGCGCCGAUUCUACGAGAAGAUAUCACGGAAGACGCGGCAUCCCGUACCGAAGAGGGUAUCUACUGCAUGGCCCACCUGGAACGGGCAAAACGUCUCUCUCUAUUGUCCUCGUCGGGUUGUUCGACCUGGACCUCUACAUGCUCAACCUUCCGAGCAUUCCCACCGACCGUUGUCUCAGUAAUCUAUUCAACCAGUUACCCGAUCGCUGCCUUCUCGUUAUCGAAGACAUCGACGCCGUCGGCAUAAAGCGAAGGCCUGAAAACCCCGACAAGGGCGAAAAGGGCUGCACCCUGUCCGGACUCUUGAACGUCCUGGACGGCAUCGCCUCUCCGGAGGGCCGAGUCGUCAUCAUGACCUCGAACCACCCCGACGAGCUGGACGAGGCGCUGGUGCGGCCGGGCAGGGUGGAUAAGAAGGUCUACCUCGGCAAGAUCGCGCAGCUGGCGGCUCGAGAGAUGUUCAUGCGGAUGUACUCGCCGGACGAAGAGAGCGAUGCUCUUAUCUCUUCUCAGGGGAAGCUGGAGCUCGAGGCCGCCGCAGUGACCUUUGGCAGCAAGAUCCCCAACGAAGAGUUCACCCCGGCUCAGCUACAGGGAUACCUGCUCAGUUAUGCUGAGAAGCCUGACCUUGCAGCGGAGGAGAUCUCCGACUGGAUAAUGCAUGAACGGAAGAUAGAGCACAAGGGCGAGGCUUUCAAGCAAAGCGAAGGAUGUGGCAACUAG